AUGUCACAAUUGACAUCCACAUCAACUCCCGUGACCCAGCCGCAACGGGAAUCUCCUCCUGUCACACUCACCGAAUCCUCUCAACCAUCUCAAUCCCAGUCUGCUCCAGGCCCCGCUACCGCCCUGCUCUCUUCAUUCACGCAACCUCGAGAGCCGUCGCGGGAGCACAGUGCAUCCCCUACAAUAGCCUCGCCUCAUACUCAGGUGUCGGCCCAUACCACCUCUCCUCAAGCCCAAUCGCCGCAGGCCGCAACCCAGACCUCGGCGCACCUGUCGACCAACCCUCCAACUCCCCCAAUCCAGUCCACGGCGUCUCAGUCCGACGCUGCCAUUCCAGUCUCAAACAUCGGCAACAACGGCAGCGAGGCCAUCGAGACCGACCCUCCCGCUCCUGUCACCAACGGACACGGGCCGGCUGCGCCAACGAACGGCAUCAUGCCGAACGGUACUCAUCCCGACGAGGACUCGAGCAGCAGCAGUAGUAGAAGCAUCGCGCGCAGCGUUAGCACGAGUACGGACGCGCUGCCAGAGCCGACCGACGACGACGACCUUGACCGGUUCCUCAGGCGCAUUGAUUCCGAAAAGAAAAUGGCCCAGCUACAGCAGCGGCUCCAGCUAGCUAGCAUUAAAGCGAACCAUGGCUGGGCGGACAUGAGCAUCAACGAGAUCGAAACGCGCCUGCCCUUGACUGAGCAGCGCCGCCCUCAAGUUGUCAUUCCCGGAGGACGUGGAAUCGCCUACGAGCCUCCUUCGCCUCUGCGACCCUGGCAGCUUGCUGACAGCCUGUGGCAGAACCUGCCGAAGCCAGGCCAACAGAACGGCGCUCCUCCCCUUCCAUCAUUCCCCAACCAUCCGGGGUACGGCCGGCGCCCACCGCACACCAUGCACACGCCGUCACACUCGCUGCCUGGUGGGCUACCCAGCAUGGCAUCACUACAGAUGCCCAUUGCGCCGCCCCGUGGACCGCCGCCCGCCAGCCCGCGCAGACACGGACGGAUGGAGGAACACCUCUCGCGACCCACCGCGCCUGCGAUGCGCACUCCAGGAUAUGGCCACGGCCGCACGCAGAGCCACUCUUCCAAGAAUGUGGGCCACAGCAACGGGACCCACCGGCGCUCGACGAGCAGCAUCUCAGGCAUGCCGUUCCUCGGCAACGACCCUUACCCCGCAGUCGCGCGGCAGAAGAAGUCUUCGAAGAAACGAUCGCAGUCGCACAGCAACCUGCGCGAGCAUCCCACGACGCAGGACGUCGAUGCUGCGCGUGCUUUAACCUCUAUGCUCGAGGCUAGCCGUUCUCCAAACAUGCCAUCUCAUGAACGGCUUCCGAGCUUGGGUGACUUCAUCCCACCACCACCCGACCACCACGGACACCGUCUGCCGCCUUUGCAGACGGCUACAAGCUUUCCGCCGCCCUUCCCAGGCGAGAUGCAUGCGCCGCGGCAACGGGCGCAGAGCUUCGCUGCCGGGCCUGGUGACAUGCGCGCCCCGCCACGCACACUGCCCCCGCCAAUGGGACCGCCCGACCUUCGCGCAGCCUCGAGCCACACACGCAACCGCGGCACGAGUAUGGACAGCAGCGCGGCGUUCCGCGGUGGUUUCUGGCAGGCGCACAGCGGCAAGCCCUCUUUAGGGCGGCCGCGGGACUUUGAGCGCGAGCGUGAGGCCAGGGAGCGAGACCGGCAGCGGGAACGCGAGCGUGACCGCAGCGAACGCGAGCGCAACUCGGACCGCAUGAUGGACGAGCGUCUGGAGGAAGCCAUGGCCAACCGGCCAGAGGACGACCAGACAGCCGCUGAGCUGAUGAUGUACCUCGCGCAGUCGCCAAGUCCGGUGCGCAAGCGAGCGCAGAGCGAUGCGCAAUCUUCGUUCUCUGGCACGUCGCGCGUCCUAUUCUCCGAGGACGGACGCGACCGUGACCCGCGCAUGCGCGAGCCCGCUCCUGGUCCGCGACCUGGACCGCCCUCGCUGCCUGCUCCGCGGCUACGCUGA